UCAUAGAUGUCCAGAUAUAGUGCCACAAAAUAUUCUGAUGGUUAUAAAAUCAUAUCUGCUCUAAUCUAUGGAGACAGCCUGACUUCAGGCAGAUUUUUAAUCAAAUAUAUUGGAAAAUAAAAGAAAGCAAAACAAUACAAAACAAAAAACAACCAAAAACCCCCAUCGACUCUGUAGCAAUCAAAAGAAUGACUGACUAGAAUGUCCGUUAAAUAGUUUCAAAACUAAAAUUAUGCUAGCUUUGUAGGAAACUUUAAAUCCCAAUGCUCCAUUUAUUCCCAUAAAGCUCAGCAGAUGCAAGAGUUCAUCAGCGGCUUCUUUACUGUUUGAAAAAGAUCCCAAACUCAAUUUGCAACAUUUACCUUAAAAUUGUGUUCUUAUGAUGCAACAAGUUAUUUUGGUCAUGACACAGGAAUAGAAUCUACGUUAUGAUCCAUCUGGCCCAGUGCACUUUUUUUCCACUUGUAUCCCCUGUCAUUGCAACAUCAUUUCCAAGUAAUUUUUAAAUCAUGAUGAUUCACGACACUGAAAUUGAGGCAGGAAGUCUGUCUCUAGGGGCCAGGCUAUCAAUUUCUUAAAUAAGAAGUUGUUCUUAAUAAAUCCUUUAUUGUUCUUAUAAAUUGCUCUUCAGCAACAAUUGGUUUGCAUUACUUCUUCACAAUAGACUUCUGAAACAUCGAAGGGAACGGAGCUCCACUGCUUUUUGUAAUGGAAAUAAUUACAGAGUCUCGUUCAAGGAGCAUAUACGCUCCAUGCAAAGAAAUGUUAAGACAAACACAUGGUGGGUGAAGUUAUCAUUCUGUUUUUGAUAUAGAAAUAUGAUAGACACUGACUUUGAAAAAUUAAGCAAAGAAGUCUUUCGCAAGGCUAAAAAGUCAGCCCCAAAAUUCUAAAUCAACAAAAGCAACCUUCCUGUGAAAAAAAGAAUCUCACCAGAGGACAGCUUAGUUGAAAAGAAGUUUAACUCCUCAACAUCUAAAACUACGACUCCUACUAGCUUAGCAGUGCCCUAUUAUCUAGGCUACAAAUCAUUAAAAAGGUCUUCAGUGCACACUGAAAUGAAGUCAGACCCUCAUCUACAUGAAUGAUGAGAACAGAACACAAAAUGCAAUUACACAAAUCCACACUAAAUAUAUAUCUAUAACUUCUAUGAGCAGAAAAGCUUACAAUAACAUAUCAUCACCACAAGUAAAAGAGAGGAAAUUAGAAAUUAGGCUCUCGACUCUUUGUACAGAAUCAUGCCCAGCAGUAGCUAAGAGCAAUGAGAACACUCUGCAAUCAAAAAGGUUAUGACGUUGCUUUUCCAUCCAGAAGAAAGCUUGUUUAUAUUUCAAAGAAUACAAAGGAGUUCUGCCCUUGCCUUUUCAAUGUCUUGUCUUUAUAUUUCCAUCCUGCUUUCCACUAGGUUAAGGAAAGCGGCAACUGCAGUUGAGUAUCCAGGGACUCGGUCCUGUUACAAUAAAGCUUUCUCCACUGUAAAUAACACACACUGUGGUGUGGCAGAGGACACAGAUGGAUUUGAAUAUUCAUUUAUGAUUUAGUCAAACAGAGGAAUACGUUUCCAAUGUGCAUCUCUGAUGUACCUGCCAUGGGACAAAGUAAAUCUUUAUUUCCAGAGCUACAGUCAAGUUCAAGGGCAAGUCGCUUUCCAAACUACGCUGAUGUCAUUUAUAUAUAUAUAUUUUUUCCCCCUCAAUAAAAAAGAACAAAGAAUAUUUAAACUUUAAAAAGGUGUUCAAUAGCAUAUAAUUUCUUUUCCCUGAAGCCUGAGUAUAUACUAUUAAUCAGAUUGAUGACCCCAAAUGACUGAAAAUAUAUUUGCUAACCUGAAAGAUCUUAAAAUGUUAAUUUGCAACAACAAAAGUCUAAACUGUCUGAAUAUAUACACACCUUUGUUCUUGUAACAAUUGACAUCUAAAAAUAUCAUAAUACAUCCAAGUUUCUUUUUAAAAUUCAUCUUCUCAUUUGUACAUUUUGUACAUGCCACCAUUUUAGGGACAAGCAACUUCCUCAUUUUUCCUACACUAUCUCUUCAUUUCUGAAAUACAAAAACCAUGUAGAAGUAAGUAACUAUAAAGUGAACUACUCUUUCUGACAUCCCAAAUAUUCAUAUUUACAGCAUCUCUUAAAUAUUUGCUUUUGCUGAUUUUUCACAGCCUGUUAACAUGUUAUAUUCAACACAUUAACAGUCUCUAUUUCUCUGUCGCAAUUCCUUUUGCUUUAGUCAGCUGCAACACUCACUGAAAUAACACCUUUUUCUGUAUUGCUGUUACAAAUUUUUAAAUAUAUCUGAUUUUUAGAAAAUACAAUACAGUUCAAUGGACACAGUAAAGCCAUUUACCUACCACAACUGGAAUAUACUUAAUACUUUGUCUAGUAGUAAAUGGCUUUACUGUGUCAGAACUUGUGAGCAGGCUGUACUUUCAGGUUAGGCUUCAAUAGACAUCUGCACCUUGUAGCAUUUAUCACUCAUGUAUGACCGCUGCACUUUUAUUUGUUCAAAAUGGAAGGAUCAUUACAUCUUAUCAUUUGGAUUUUAAUUUAAAAAAAAAGACAGUUUAAAGCAUACCUUAUGACCUAUUUUUUUGUGAAAGUUGCAACUGCAUAGUUUCUUUCAUAAAGACACAAAUGCCAUCUCUCUGAACUACCUUAUUGCUUCUUUAUUUUACCAAAUAUAUGCACACCUUUUAAAAACAAUUCUAACUACUGAAGUUAAUUGUUCAGAUUACCAUAGCAAUCCAGUGACUUUUCUACUUUCUUCCAACACAAGUGCGGGUUCUUGUGCAGUGGGAAAAACAAGAACAUACUUCUGAGAUCGAGUUUGUUAUGACAAAAAUAAUUUAAACUGUUAAAAUGUUUCAAGCAUGUAGUCCAACAGGUGAAAGCAUUACAAAUAAUCAAAUUAAUUUUCUAUUAGCAGUUAGAGAUUUCAAAAUACUGAAGCAGCACUGGGGUAUAUACCCUACAAUUUAUGAGUAGCUGAGUAUGGAAUUUAGAGGUACGUUUCCAUUCAGAUUAAAAACUGCAGUUGUGCACUGGGUGAUUUUCAUUACAGCAACGGCAUAUUUUCAUACAGAAAGUGAAAGUGCAUCAUUUGAAUUUGCUUCAGAAGUAUUACAUCAUGUGCACAGUCCUUCUGGAAUAAAACAUUCAUAAUCAUCUUUUGCUUCCCCAUUCUAUCCCCUCCUGCUUUUAACUCUUAGCGUCCAUCUAAACCUUAACUUUGUUUUCUGUAUAUAAAUAAGGACAUACAAAAUGUUAACGAGAGAGAAGACAGGAAAAACAUAAAAAUACCACAAAAGUAAAGAGAUGUCAAUUAAAAAAGAAAUGAAGCACGGCACGCAGGUACCAUACUUUAAAUAAAAAUACACUGUUAGUUCUUUUAUAAUUACGAAAACCUGUCUAGUAAGAGAUGCUACGCAUUCCUGUGUAGAGGAUUUAGUACUGUGUGUCGAAAAGCAAAUAAACCUGAAAUUUUACAGAAAGGCAGUUUGUUUGGCAGAGAGAAAAAAAUUGGUGGAAUUCAUCAAACUUAAAAUCUAUAUCCUGUCUAAGACAAUGAGCAGCACCAGAUGAUUCACAGGAAGAACCUUUAUAGUUCCUCUGUUGUUGACUUCUGACCCAAAGCAUGUGUCUUGCAUCACUUUUUUUUCUUCCUGGCUACAGGAUCUCUGGCUGCUUUUAUUCAUAUAAAUAAUCUCUCUGCUAUGCAAAAGGAUUACUGGAAGAGGCUCUAAAAGGCUUAGGAGUACAUUCAACCAAAAUAAUGAAGCCAGCAGGUACAAGCCACAUUUUUGGUGAAGACUGACUAAAAAAAUAUUUUACUCCAUUGAGAUUUAAUAUUUUAUCAAAUUUUACCACGACAAGUUCUGCACUGCAAAAUAACAAAGGAACUGCAACCAUAAUCGUUAAAGUAGAGCAGAUACCAAAUACUAAUUCCAACACACUUAGUAGUUUGUAUGCCACUUGAGACAAAAAAGCAGCAUUGCGUUUGCAGCCUUAGUGGAAUUCCACUGGAACAGUAACACCGGCUUUCUGUAUGUAACACAUUCCUUGUCCUUUAAAGGGUAUGCUAUCUUAUACUUGUGAAGGAUUUCUUUUUCUCCUCCUGCAAUUGAAGAAUAUUGCUUAUUUCUGAUUUAAGGCUUGUUUUGACGAAGACCGAGCUGAUGAGGCACUCAAGAGCUUGUAUUAAAUCAGUAAUAGACAGAAGUGGGCAGCUUGUAUAUGCACUGUGGGAUACACUUGUUCCUAUAUUUAUCUUUUGUGUUUUGAGAGAAGGUUACAAAUAUUUUUAUAUAUAUACACACACACAUAAAAGAGCGAGAGUGAGCAAGCUCACAUUCCAAGAGAAGUUUUCUGGCUAUGUCAGGACUGAAGUCCACCCCUUGCUAGACAAACCUAUUUUUUUCAAACACAAGAGGAUAUUAUCAGAGAAGUCCGUGCUGAUAUACAGAAACCAGAGAUCGCCAUGGCUCGGUGAGGUGACGAGCUGACGGGUGGAUGGCGCCCAUUAUCUCCACUUCUCAGUCCUGAAAAAGUUUUCCUGAAAAACGGCAAGGGGAGGAGAAGGCACCAACAGAACAUAAGGAACACAAUACAAGAAAAGGAUUAGGAGUGAGGAGCAAGGAAAGGAAGAGCAAGAUAGAUAUUGUGGAGGCUUCAGAGAGCUAAAAAGUAGUUUUUAGAUGAAAGGACCAAGUUGUCAGUAGCUCUGGUUUUUGGUUUUUAAGUUCUGCGCAAGGCUAUUACAUACAAUAGCUGCAUUAGGAAACAAUCGUCUAAAAGGAAUUUACCUCCUUUAUAUUGGGAAAAUAUAUUCAACUCAGUGGUUUCAACGCUUCUUGGAAUUUUAAAACAUGUUUCAAGCCUUUGUUCGGCAAGCAUACCAACCGCUAUCCAGCCACCAGCAAGGGGAAUCUGAAACCAAGUACAAGGGGAAGCUGGUGCAUGAAACUCAGCUCAACUGCUUCUACAUCAAACCUGGAGGUUCCAACUAUGGGAGUCCCCGUCCAGCUCAUGCCAACAUGAAUGCCAAUGCAGCUGCAGGGCUUGCCCCAGAGCACAUCCCUACACCAGGGGCAGCUCUGUCCUGGCAAGCUGCAAUUGAUGCUGCCAGGCAAGCCAAAUUGAUGGGUAGUGCUGGCAAUGCAACAAUAUCCACAGCUAGCUCCACGCAGAGAAAACGGCAGCAGUAUGGGAAACAGAAAAAACAGGGUACCACGACAGCUACGCGUCCUCCCCGGGCACUGCUGUGUUUAACACUGAAAAAUCCCAUCCGGAGGGCAUGCAUCAGCAUCGUCGAAUGGAAACCAUUUGAAAUAAUUAUUUUACUGACUAUUUUUGCCAAUUGUGUGGCCUUAGCUAUCUAUAUCCCCUUUCCAGAAGAUGAUUCCAAUGCCACCAAUUCCAAUCUGGAACGAGUGGAAUAUCUCUUUCUCAUAAUUUUUACAGUGGAAGCAUUUUUAAAAGUAAUAGCAUAUGGACUUCUCUUUCAUCCCAACGCUUACCUCCGCAAUGGCUGGAAUUUACUAGAUUUUAUAAUUGUGGUAGUAGGGCUUUUUAGUGCAAUUUUAGAACAAGCAACCAAAGCAGAUGGGGGGAAUUCAAUAGGAGGAAAAGGUGCCGGAUUUGAUGUUAAAGCACUGCGGGCUUUCCGAGUAUUACGUCCCUUACGACUGGUGUCUGGAGUUCCUAGUCUCCAGGUGGUUUUAAAUUCAAUUAUCAAGGCCAUGGUCCCUUUGUUGCAUAUUGCCCUGCUGGUGCUGUUUGUCAUCAUUAUCUAUGCCAUCAUUGGACUGGAAUUAUUCAUGGGAAAGAUGCAUAAGACCUGCUACCAUGUGCAAGGGGGGCUGAUAGAUACACCUGCAGAAGAUGACCCAUCUCCCUGUGCACCCCAGUCUGCACAUGGGCGGCAGUGCCAGAAUGGAACCGAGUGCAAGGCAGGCUGGGAGGGACCCAAGCACGGCAUUACAAACUUUGACAAUUUUGCUUUUGCCAUGCUGACAGUGUUUCAGUGCAUCACAAUGGAGGGAUGGACAGAUGUACUCUACUGGGUCAAUGAUGCCAUAGGAAGGGACUGGCCCUGGAUCUAUUUUGUUACACUAAUCAUCAUAGGGUCAUUUUUUGUACUUAACUUGGUUCUCGGUGUACUUAGCGGGGAAUUUUCCAAGGAAAGAGAGAAGGCUAAGGCUCGGGGAGAUUUCCAAAAGUUACGGGAAAAGCAACAGCUAGAAGAGGAUUUGAAGGGCUAUUUAGACUGGAUAACUCAAGCAGAAGAUAUUGACCCAGAAAAUGAAGAUGAAGGCAUGGAUGAGGAGAAGCCUCGAAACAUGAGCAUGCCCACCAGUGAGACCGAGUCCGUGAACACAGACAACGUCCCUGGAACAGAUAUUGAAGGAGAAAACUGCGGUGCUAGGCUAGCGCAUCGGAUCUCCAAAUCUAAAUUUAGUCGCUAUUGGCGCCGAUGGAAUCGAUUCUGCAGACGAAAGUGCCGUGCUGCUGUCAAGUCCAAUGUUUUCUACUGGUUGGUGAUCUUCCUUGUGUUUCUCAACACCCUUACCAUUGCUUCUGAACACUACAACCAGCCAGACUGGCUCACUGAGGUUCAAGACACUGCCAAUAAGGUGCUGCUAGCUCUUUUCACGGCAGAGAUGCUGCUGAAGAUGUACAGCCUUGGUCUCCAGGCCUAUUUUGUGUCCCUCUUCAACCGCUUUGACUGUUUCAUUGUGUGUGGAGGAAUCCUGGAAACCAUUCUGGUUGAGACGAAGAUCAUGUCACCACUGGGCAUUUCUGUGUUGAGAUGUGUUCGGCUAUUAAGAAUAUUUAAAAUCACAAGAUAUUGGAACUCCCUGAGCAACCUAGUGGCUUCACUCCUGAAUUCAGUCCGUUCCAUUGCCUCCCUCCUGCUGCUCCUCUUCCUCUUUAUCAUCAUCUUCUCCCUGCUGGGGAUGCAGCUUUUUGGGGGCAAGUUUAACUUUGAUGAAAUGCAGACCAGGAGGAGUACAUUUGACAACUUCCCCCAGUCUCUCCUCACUGUGUUUCAGAUCCUGACUGGGGAGGACUGGAAUUCGGUGAUGUAUGAUGGGAUCAUGGCUUAUGGCGGCCCCUCUUUUCCAGGAAUGUUGGUCUGUAUUUACUUCAUCAUCCUCUUCAUCUGUGGGAACUACAUCCUCCUGAAUGUCUUUUUGGCCAUUGCUGUGGACAACCUUGCUGAUGCGGAGAGUUUAACAUCUGCACAGAAAGAGGAGGAAGAGGAAAAAGAAAGGAAAAAACUAGCUAGGACUGCUAGUCCUGAAAAGAAACAGGAGAUAGAGAAAACAGCUGUGGAGGAGGAGACAAAGGAGGAGAAAAUUGAGCUGAAAUCAAUCACUGCUGAUGGAGAAUCGCCACCUGCUACAAAGAUCAACAUGGAUGACUAUCAGCCAAAUGAAAAUGAAGAAAAGAGCCCAUAUCCCACAACAGAAGCACCAGCAGAGGAAGAUGAGGAAGAACCUGAGAUGCCUGUCGGCCCUCGGCCUCGCCCAAUGUCUGAGCUGCACCUCAAGGAAAAGGCUGUGCCCAUGCCUGAUGCCAGCGCAUUUUUCAUCUUCAGUCCUAACAACAGGUUUCGUGUCCACUGCCAUCGAAUCGUUAACGAUAACAUUUUCACCAACCUGAUCCUAUUUUUCAUCUUGCUCAGCAGCAUCUCCUUGGCAGCUGAGGACCCCGUCCGACACCUCUCCUUUAGGAAUCAAGUUCUCUUUUAUUUUGAUAUAGUUUUUACUGUCAUUUUCACCAUUGAAAUUGCUCUGAAGAUCCUAGGCAAUGCAGACUAUGUCUUCACUAGUAUCUUUACAUUAGAAAUUAUUCUUAAGAUGACCGCAUACGGGGCUUUCCUCCAUAAGGGCUCCUUCUGCAGAAACUAUUUCAACAUCUUAGACCUGCUGGUGGUCAGCGUUUCUCUCAUCUCUUUUGGAAUCCAAUCCAGUGCCAUCAAUGUGGUGAAGAUUUUGCGUGUUCUGCGAGUGCUUAGACCACUGAGGGCCAUCAACAGAGCCAAAGGACUAAAGCAUGUAGUCCAGUGUGUGUUUGUUGCCAUCCGAACCAUCGGAAACAUUGUGAUUGUCACCACUUUGCUGCAGUUCAUGUUUGCCUGCAUUGGAGUUCAGUUGUUUAAGGGCAAACUCUACAGCUGCACUGACAGCUCCAAGCAGACUGAAGCAGAAUGCAGAGGAUACUACAUCACAUACAAGGAUGGUGAGGUCAGUCAGCCAAUGAUCCAGCCCCGGAGCUGGGAGAACAGCAAGUUUGACUUCGACAAUGUCUUGACUGCCAUGAUGGCCCUCUUCACUGUCUCAACCUUCGAGGGCUGGCCAGAGUUGCUGUAUAGGUCCAUUGAUUCCCACAUGGAGGAUGUGGGACCCAUCUAUAAUCACAGGGUUGAGAUCUCCAUCUUCUUUAUUAUCUACAUCAUCAUCAUUGCUUUCUUCAUGAUGAACAUCUUCGUUGGUUUCGUCAUCGUCACAUUUCAGGAACAAGGAGAACAAGAAUACAAGAACUGUGAGCUGGACAAGAACCAGCGCCAGUGCGUAGAGUAUGCCCUGAAGGCCCGGCCCCUGCGGAGAUACAUCCCAAAAAAUCAGUACCAGUACAAAGUUUGGUAUGUGGUCAACUCCACCUAUUUUGAAUACCUGAUGUUCGUUUUGAUCCUGCUGAACACCAUCUGUCUGGCCAUGCAACACUACGGUCAGAGCUGCAUGUUCAAGGAAGCCAUGAACAUCCUCAACAUGCUUUUCACUGGGCUCUUCACUGUCGAGAUGGUCCUGAAGUUAAUUGCCUUCAAACCCAAGGGUUACUUUAGUGAUCCUUGGAAUGUUUUUGACUUCCUCAUCGUAAUUGGCAGCAUUAUAGACGUCAUUCUCAGUGAAACUAAUCACUAUUUCUGUGAUGCAUGGAAUACAUUUGACGCCUUGAUUGUUGUGGGUAGCAUUGUUGAUAUAGCAAUCACCGAGGUGAACCCAGCUGAAAAUACCCAAUGCUCUUCCUCUAUGAACGCAGAGGAAAACUCUCGCAUCUCAAUCACCUUCUUCCGACUCUUCCGUGUGAUGCGUCUUGUGAAGCUCCUGAGCCGAGGGGAGGGCAUCCGGACACUGCUUUGGACCUUCAUCAAAUCCUUCCAGGCUCUCCCCUAUGUGGCUCUUCUAAUAGUGAUGUUAUUCUUCAUCUACGCCGUGAUCGGGAUGCAGGUAUUUGGUAAAAUUGCGCUGAACGAUACCACAGAAAUCAACCGCAACAACAACUUCCAGACCUUCCCCCAGGCGGUGCUGCUGCUUUUCAGGUGUGCCACCGGUGAGGCCUGGCAGGAAAUCAUGCUGGCGUGUCUCCCAGACAAGAAGUGCGACCCAGAGUCAGAGCCGGCCAACUCCACUGAAGCUGACCACUCCUGUGGCAGCAGCUUCGCUGUCUUCUACUUCAUAAGCUUCUACAUGCUCUGUGCCUUCCUGAUCAUCAAUCUUUUUGUAGCUGUUAUAAUGGAUAACUUCGAUUACCUGACACGGGACUGGUCCAUUUUAGGACCUCACCACCUAGAUGAGUUUAAAAGGAUCUGGGCAGAGUAUGACCCUGAAGCCAAGGGACGGAUCAAGCACUUGGACGUGGUGACAUUGCUCCGGCGGAUUCAGCCUCCACUGGGCUUCGGGAAGCUUUGCCCUCACCGAGUGGCUUGCAAACGCCUUGUCUCCAUGAAUAUGCCACUGAACAGCGAUGGAACUGUCAUGUUCAAUGCCACUCUCUUUGCACUGGUCAGAACUGCACUGAGGAUCAAGACGGAAGGUAACCUGGAGCAAGCCAAUGAAGAGCUUAGAGCAAUAAUUAAGAAAAUCUGGAAGCGCACCAGUAUGAAGUUGCUGGACCAGGUGGUGCCUCCUGCAGGUGAUGAUGAGGUGACUGUUGGGAAGUUCUACGCCACUUUCCUGAUUCAAGAGUAUUUCCGGAAGUUCAAGAAACGCAAAGAGCAGGGCCUGGUGGGCAAGCCUUCCCAGCGCAACGCACUCUCCUUGCAGGCUGGUUUGCGCACACUUCACGACAUUGGUCCAGAGAUCCGACGAGCAAUCUCUGGAGACCUGACAGCUGAAGAAGAGCUAGAUAAGGCUAUGAAAGAAGCUGUUUCUGCUGCCUCUGAAGAUGAUAUCUUCCGGAGAGCCGGAGGCUUGUUUGGAAACCAUGUCAGCUAUUACCAAAGUGAUGGCAGGAGUGCGUUCCCCCAGACAUUCACCACCCAGCGACCUUUGCACAUCAAUAAGUCUGGCAACAACCAGGGAGAUACCGAGUCUCCAUCUCAUGAGAAGUUGGUGGACUCCACCUUCACUCCCAGCAGCUACUCAUCUUCAGGCUCCAAUGCAAACAUCAACAAUGCCAACAACACUGCCCUGUGCCGCUUCCCAAGCCCACCCAGCUACCCCAGCACUGUCAGCACAGUGGAAGGCCAUGGGACUCCAUUGUCGCCCACCAUACGUGUGCAAGAAGCUCCUUGGAAAUUACCAUCCAAAAGCUCCAGUUCCAGAGACAGCCAGCUGGCAAUUGUUUGCCAAGAGGAAGUGUCUCAGGAUGAGACUUAUGAUGAAAAUUUGAAUGAAGACAUUGAGUACUGUAGUGAACCAAGUCUGCUCUCUACUGAAAUGCUCGCAUACCAAGAUGACGAAAACAGACAACUUACUCCACCAGAAAACAACAAAGGAGAGGACACCCGGCACUCUCCGAAGAAAGGGUUUCUGUGCUCCUCAGCACUAGGCCGACGAGCAUCUUUUCACUUAGAGUGUCUGAAAAGACAGAAAAACCAGGGCGUAGAUGUCUCGCAGAAGACAGUUCUGCCUUUACAAAUGGUACAUCAUCAGGCAUUGGCGGUGGCCGGCCUGAGCCCCCUCCUCCAGCGAAGCCAUUCCCCCACCACGUUCUCCCGGCUGUGCGCCACACCACCUGCUACACCCUGCAGCCGAGGCUGGCCACAGCAGCCCAUCCCAACGCUGCGCCUCGAGGGAGCUGAGUCCAGCGAGAAGCUCAAUAGCAGCUUCCCCUCCGUGCACUGCAGCUCCAGGUUCCCCGACAGCUCUGACUGUGGCAGCCCAAGAAGAGCCAGGCCGGUGUCCCUCACCGUCCCCAGCCAGACAGCGGGGAGCAGCAGGCAGUUCCACGGCAGCGCCAGCAGCCUGGUCGAAGCGGUAUUGAUUUCGGAAGGACUGAUGCAGUUUGCUCAAGAUCCAAAGUUCAUUGAGGUCACGACCCAGGAACUCGCUGAUGCUUGCGACAUGACGAUAGAAGAGAUGGAAAACGCAGCAGACAACAUUCUCAAUGGUAACAGCAAGCAGAGCCCCAAUGGCAACCUGUUGCCUUUUGUUAACUGCAGGGACGCAGGGCAGGACAGUGCAGGCGAGGAAGAGGAAGAGGUGCAGAACCCGGAUUGUAGAAAAAGUCAGGAGGAGCUGAAGGACAGCAGGAUUUAUAUCAGCAGCCUGUAGUUGCCAGGGCUGGAAGCAAUGCUGGUUUUUUAUUUGUUUCAAUGUUCCUAAUGGGUUUGUUUCAGAAGUGCCUCACUGUUCUCGUGACCUGGAGUAACCGGAACAGCGUUCUUCAUUCAUUUCUGUUGGGACGAGUCGCAGAGUUGGGUGGUGGCAGAGAGCUUGUCAGGAGCGGAUAGGACCCCGGCACGCGGCCGCCUGGAAAGAGCGCGGCGCCCAGGAGGAGAGCCAGCUCCCUCUUUUUCCAGUCCCUGCACAAGGCACGACGACUGCCUCCCAAGGGCGGCCCAGCCAAACGCGCCUAGCCUCCAGCGGGCAUCCUUCAACUUUGCUUGUAAAAAUCAUUUUGCACAUGUUCUGUCCGAGCCUCACCACCCCCAGCCACCCCGGCCCCGCCGCCCGGGCCCGGAGGACGCAGCACCGCCAAAAGGGGAGCGCGGGGACUGCAGUGGCUCCUGCUGUUGGCCAAUCAGAGCUCGAGGGUUGCUCACCAGCCAACCCGAGUGCGGGCACGCCACCUGCCGACCAAUUGGAGCUCAGACAGCCGGCCCCGUCAGCCAGUGGGAGAGUGGGGAGUGGCCAGGCACGGGUCUCUCCUUGUCCCGCAGUUCGGUGUUUCCUUGAGAGCAUGUUGCGGUUUUUAUUUUGACUAUUUUAUUUUUAUUAUAAUUUUUCAGAGGGAGAAGGGAGUGUUUACAAGGUUCUGUAACCACCGACCUUUUUGUUUGGGUUUAUUUUCACCUUUGCAGAUGUUACGUUGGUUUGACCAUUGUUGUAUUAUUUAAGCCAGGUUCUUUUCUCCAUUGGCGUUUGGUAGAAGCAUAACGCUGUAGGCGAGUUUUACCGAUCACUAUGUACACCGAGACUCUGUCAUUUGAUUUGCAAGCGAGCAGAACCUCCUUUUUUUGUUGUUGUGUUAUCAUAUAAUGGCAGCGGGCAGCGCGCUUGGCACAGCCCCACACGUCCCAGGGACCAAUGGGGCUGUUGGGAUGCAGUGCCAAAGCAGCGCCUGCUGUCGGGAGGGGAAUCAGUAACUCUUUGCAUCUUCUGUUCCACAAGAUAUGCAAAAACAAUGCAAUAAUAUUAAUUUUAAAAUACAAUCGUGAGUCGUGUUGGCAUUAAAACUGUAUAGAAAAAAAAAAAAAAACUAAUGGGGUGGGGGGACAACCAAGCAGAAGGCGUUACGCUUCAAUAUAUUCCGUGUGAUGUUUUAUUGCAUUGAUGAUGUUUCUGUUGAAGAAACCGUUAUACUUGAAUUCAGGUCAGUUUCGGUAUUUUUCAAAUAUUUUUUUAAAAGGAAUUGCAAUUGUGCCAAGCAAAUAUAUCAAAUCUAAUUAAGUUUGUUUAAGAAGAAAAAAAAAAACAGAAAAAAACAGUCACUUCUUGUAUAUUUUGCUGCAUGUCAAGUGAAUCAUUUCGUAUUUGGAAUGUGCCAAGCUUUACCUUUGAACUUUUAAGUGCUUUUCUACGUGUGGUCGGGGACAGGGGUACUAUUUUUUUUUCCAUUUUUAAUUUGUACAAUGAACAAAGUGUACCUGGUGUAAGUGACUAUUCUGCAAUCCACUGACGGGUCAAACGUUACUGAUUUUGCAUAUCUUGUGUUCAUUACCCUUCCUCCUCAGCUCUUUAAACAUGCACGAUGACUUUGUUGGUAGAGUACCUUUCUUCCCGAGGCCGGGAUGUUUUUUCAGGCUUUCUUCCCUUUCCUUUUGCUCAGCCUCUCCGAAGGUCUCUUCCCACGAGAGGGUGGCGAGAUCCCCAAGCCCAUGUGAAAGAUCCGUCCCAUUUCUUCAGCUGGCACCAGCAAUUCAGGGAGGGAGAAAGCACCUGCUUGCAGACUGAGGUUAGAUAGUUCAUCCUGAUCAUUGUAACAGGAUCUUGGAAUAAGCAAAUGCAAAUGGCAGAAUCGUUUGCAAAAUAAAUGUGCCUAAUUCUGGACUGAAAGCACUGGGUGAGGGACAGAGCUCUGGAUUGUUGCUUAGGAAAAUUGCUGUGGUCUGGUCAUGACACGGAUGUUUGGUGACUUUUGUGUGUUUCCGUGCACGUUCCCAGACCUUAGCAUAUGGGUCAUGCUCCAAGUCACAAAACAUCUGAUGGCGCAGCAUGUCCCAGCCAUAUUUCCCUGCUGCUGAGUGUGAACCUCUCCUGAUUCACCCCACGAUGGUACACAGCCUUAACCUGUGGCAGAGGCUGAAAAACCAGGGAGAUAUUAUUAGAUUUUAUGUGUCUGAUUUCUGUCUAGACUGCUGCUGGUUUUCUCCCUUUUCAAGAUGUUUCAUAAAUUUGCAGAUGAGUGCUCAGAGGUGUGAUCUGACUCAGAGCUAAACUUUCAUUCCAGUCUUGAGCUUCACAGAUGUUUGAGUACAUCAUUUAUUAUGUAUUUUUGUAAUGCCCUUGGGUUUACUUCUUGACUCUGCUGGGGCCAUUAAGCAGAAAUAGUGGAAGAUAUUUUUGAAAGUGCACUUUUUCCUUGUUAUUUUGAACUGGCCAGUAGCAGCUCAAGAUGCCUUGCCAACAAAUUCUUUUAAACUGGGGAAAUGUGAACCCACUUAAGCAACCAUCUGGCAUCAGAGUCCCAGUCCAAGUCUUUGGAGAAAGCAACCACCUGAAGUCUGUCAGCCUCAUUUUUCCAUCCCUCUUGUCUGUACCAAGAUUGGCAUGCGAGCAGUUCUCCCUUUGUGAGUUUGUUGUUGGUAGCUCUGCAGUGCUCGAAAGCUACUUGAAAGGAAAUAAUGCUGUGCUGGCUGUUUUCUGAAAACGGAAGCAGCAAAGGGGCUCCCUAUUUCAUUUUCCUCCACUAGAAAGUCCCCCUGGCCCUCCCAGUAAGAGACAGAGGUGCUCCUUGCUCCUGAUUAACAAAGUACUGGCCUAGACCAGCGGAGGCAAGAGGCAUUAUGGAUGUCUGCCAGCACUUGUCAUCUUUUAGGACUUUUCCUGAAGGGAAGGAGAAAAAUGGAAAGGACUGUGCCUUGCACAUUGCUGGUGAAGCUGUGGCUCCCCCAUGGGUCAAAGCCAACAAUAGCCAGGAAAUACCCGCAGCCUACUGGAAAAUGGCUUAGCUCCUGCAGAGAAGUGCAUGGCUAGCAGAGCAUGCAGAUGCCUUGUGCUGUCUGAGGGGCAGGUGUUCAAUAUAGGCAUUGCUGGUGCCAGCUGUGCAAUUUUCUCUUUCUGGAGAGGGUGGCUUUUUUUUGUUUCUUUUUAUUUGAGGUACACGCAACGUGCACAUUGUGACAGGUCUGAGCAAAGAGCUACUGUGCUCCUUCAGGUGGGGUGGAGUCUGGGGGUGAUGGAAGUGGGGCAGGCAAAGUACAUGGGAGUCCUUCCUCUCCCAGUGUGUGGGAGUAGAUGGUGGGUACAGUCACUGUGCUGUGGAUGGAAGCCAUGGAGGAACCAAUGGCCAAGGAGUGGCAUGGAAGGAAGGAAAGAAAGGGGAAAACAAUCUGCUGUUUGGCACUGAGCAUCUCUGACUUGCAGAAGUACACUGCAGACUAAAGACAUUUCUUACAAACAACAAACCUCAUCCCUUUACCACUCCUGCUCAUUACUCUGGGCAGUACUGAUCCAGCCACACCGGGUGCAUUUCUUUUUUCUUCCUUAUUCUGUGUGGCUGAUGUGACAGGGAAGCAAGCGGAACUCGUGGUCCAGAGCUGGAGUUUCACUAUCCACAGACCUUUUUUGCAUCACCUGUACCUUCAGCUGGACAUACGGACGAUGACGGCGUGGAUGCUGCUGCUAUUGCAGGGUCCAGCCUGGUUUGUUACCCUGCCCAUUUCACCCAGCACGGAAGGACAGCCGGACAACCAGAGAGGUGCCAUGUACAGAACCGCAUCUAUUUCUGCUUUGUUUUCUGACUCAGAACCCUGCCCCCAGUGACUAUGACAACGAUGAUGAAAACAACAACAAAAAAAGGGCAAAUGCAUUUUUUACAUUUCUUGAUAAUUUCCAAAGCAAUGUAUCAUUGCUUUCUUUAGACUGACGCCAAUAUAACAGUUGUAUGGGUCUCAGCCAGGCUCCUGUGUCUUUUCUGCCUGAUAGUUUCAGAUUGCUGUAUGAAAUGUAUGCGCGUUUGCACACAGACACAAUCGCACAAGGUGACAGCACCACGAGCCCGUGGGGUUGCGGACUUGUGUUGAAGGUGAAGCUGGAGGCCUUGCUUCAUACGUCUAGGUGAGAAACCCCAACCCAUGGGCCCAGAAAGCUGAAGUGGGGAAUCCCCACUGAGUCAGAACUGAGCAUCCUAUGGUAUGGGCCAGUUGAGACUGUCCCAGGAUAGGGUGGGAAGAGGAACAGUGAGCGGGAAACAAAGUAAAUAGAAUCCAUUCAGAGGCUUCCGGCAGUGGUGAGAUUUUGUAAAUUCCAAUAAUUAAUUUGUAGUAUGUACUAAAAAUACAUAUAUUCCUGGCCAUCAGAAGCCCUGUUCCCAUCUUGCUAACACAAGGACAGAGUUCACUAGUGGUCAGGGAGGUUUUACUAAUGUAAAAGAUGUGGAAAACAGAACUGAGCCUAGAAAGAACUUAAUAAUAUUUUUCCUACAUUUCUUCUCCAAAGAUUAAGAAAUGCAAAUUUCAAUAGCUGCAUAGGAUUUCUUUUCUCAUCUUUUGAAUGUUGCAAAGAUAUUAAAGUCUCAUUCUGGGUUAGCAAGCCCAGGGAUCCAAAAUGUUUCCAAUGGGGAUCUCAGUCUGUGGAGCUUUGCUCUCUCUUGCUUUGUUUCUGGACAGCUGAAUUGUGGCCUUGCUGCUCCAGUGCCUGAGAAGGUAUGGCUGAAGGCAGAAACACAGCAAAAAGAAAUCCUGUACUGAAAACAGACCAAGCUAUAACUGCUAUCAGAGCAGUAGCAUCACACUGGAGUGGAAAAAUCCUUUUCUGAAAAGAAAUUUAGUGUUCUAGUUCAAUCUUCCAUCUUUCCCCCACCCUAUGCAGGGAACGUGACUUAACUGUUAACACAUGAUCUUAAAACAGGCCUUUAAGGGCACAGACCUUGAUUGAGCUGCCAAAAUGUGUGUAUCCUCUGCUAUCUGAGACACCCUGCAGUAUUCUGCCCAGCCUGCAACAGAAGAAGUUCCAGGAGGGCAAAACAUUUCCCCUUGACUGGUGCCAUGUCUGCCAGCCCCAUGUGUGCUGUGUGGGCCUCAGGCGGCAGGGGACAGUUAGGCAACUUAACCAAGUCCCUUUCUGAAGGGCUAACCAAGCCGAGCAGCACCAACGGCUGAAGUAAGGAGGAAAUCUUCUUUAGCAUUACCAAGGGCUUAGCAAGGCAUGACUGGGAGCCCAUCUCCAUGCUCCCAUGCUGUUCUCCCACCCCACGCCAUGCGGCCAAGCCCUGCUCCUAUGGCCUGGAGCCCUGGCACCCUGCCCAGCCCUCACCUAGCACAGGCCUAGUGCCUGCACCCCAGGCCCUCGGAGUAGCAGCAAGAGCAGGCAUGGUCCCACCACACAGUGCAUUUUUUUUUUUUUCUGACAGCGUUCAAAUAACCCCUUUCCAAAGCAUUUUCCUGUUCAAGACAGACCCACGGGCUCAGACACCAUUCAUUAGCCUCAUCAUUCUGAGGAUAAAAUACCUGUUUUUCUGUUUUGUUUUGCAUUUUGUCCAGUCAGGCAAAAUGCAAACUCUUCCUCAAAAAGGCUGUAAUGCCUUUUAUUUUUUUAUUUUUUUCUAAUAGUUUAAGCAUCCUAAGCCAGUCCACUCCCAUCCUAAGCAGGUAGACUGCUAACCAAGACUACCUAAAUAUCAUCAACUUCACGACUGCUCAUUGGAGUGAUUGGUUCAGGAUUAUUCAGUCUUGACAAUUUGAAUGUGGGAAGAUUUCAGAGGAGGAGGAGUCAGAUUGUAAAUAUCUCUUUGACAACACUGCUGCAUCACACACAAAAACGGGGAGAUACUUUUAAAACUGCCUUAAAAAUCAAUUCUGAAUGACGGAGUCUCCCUCCAAACAAUUGCCACUUGGUAGACCAAGGGAUAAGUCGCUUUGGGUAAAUUCUAGCAAGAAGUGGUUGGAAUCUGGUCCAGUUUGGGAAGUGUAAAUGUAAUUUAGGAGCUGAUCUCUCUCUCAGUCUGACUUCAUAUCCACACUAACGACUGAGCACUGCAGGAUCAAAACUCCUUAAGGCAUGGGGUUGCUGUACCUGGCCUGUAUCUGUAUGGCGCGGUCUGGCCUGGCAAGGUACUGCAUACCUGUGUUUCCCGGUGACUUCAGGGAAGAUGGGGUUUCCUCAACACCUCUUCAGUUCAGGCCCUGGAGCAUCAUUUCCUGCUCUGAUCAUCAGCUAUAACUGUUGAUAAAUAUAAGUGUUUUGCCUUCAUUUGAAUUGCCCAGAGCUGUAAAAUGACCUCUCUCAAGUAUAAACCAGUCAGUCACCUCCUCUCCCACUCUUCCCUGUGCUCUCUGCCCACCCCAGCCCUCCUCUCACCUCCACCCAAGUCCUUUCCUCUCUCAAGUCUUUACCUCCUUCCACAAUUUUAUAUCUAGUUUUCAUGAAGCCACAGAAAUGCUUUUGUAAAUAAUGCUGUACAGUUUGUAACCAUCAUGUAAGCCUGUCAUCAGUGCCAGAGUCCGUCUUGCCCUCUCGCACGUUUUAAAGUCAACAGAGAAAAGUUAGAGUGAAUGGCCUGCAAGCGAGCUAUAGGGUCAUCUCUGUGUGGGACAAAUGUAUAUUCCUGUAAGAUUGCAUUUUUAUCUAAGGAAUGAUGUUAUUUUAAAAUUGCUAAUAAAUUUCUAAACAAUG